AUGAACCAUUGCGUGCAAGAAAUUUAUGAAUCUCACUCAGCUGCUAACAGCAACUGCUACAUGCAGCCUUCGGAUUAUUGCACUUAUAUUGAAGAUAGUCAGAGUUACGGCAGUUGUGAUGCUCAGGUCCUGCACAAUAAUAACAUAUAUAUGGAACAGGCCUGGGCAGUGAAUCAGCCUUAUACCUGUAGUUACCCUGGAAACGUUUUUAAGAGCGAGUAUUCUGACAUGGACAUGGCCCUGCAUCAAUACAACCAAACUGAAUAUUUCACUGAAGAAAAGCCUACUUUUUCUCAAGUGCAGUCACCAGCCUACUCUCAGAAAAAAGGGUACAUACCCAGUUAUUUAGACAAGGAUGAGUUAUGUGUUGUUUGUGGUGACAAGGCCACUGGAUAUCACUAUCGUUGUAUCACUUGUGAAGGUUGCAAGGGAUUUUUCCGAAGAACAAUUCAAAAAAAUCUUCAUCCAACUUACUCCUGUAAAUACGAAGGAAAAUGUGUAAUAGACAAAGUCACAAGAAACCAAUGCCAGGAAUGUCGCUUCAAGAAAUGCAUCUAUGUUGGCAUGGCAACAGAUUUGGUGUUGGAUGACAGCAAACGAUUAGCAAAAAGAAAACUGAUUGAGGAAAAUCGGGAGAAAAGACGUCGAGAAGAAUUACAGAAAACAAUAGGAGUGAAACCUGAACCAACAGAUGAAGAAUGGGAGCUUAUUAAAAUCGUUACAGAAGCACAUGUGGCCACAAAUGCACAAGGAAGUCACUGGAAACAGAAAAGGAAAUUUUUGCCAGAGGAUAUUGGACAAGCACCAAUAGUAAAUGCCCCAGAAGGUGGGAAAGUAGAUUUAGAAGCUUUCAGCCAGUUUACAAAAAUUAUCACACCAGCAAUCACAAGAGUGGUGGAUUUUGCCAAAAAGUUGCCUAUGUUCUGUGAGCUGCCAUGUGAAGAUCAAAUUAUACUUCUGAAAGGUUGUUGCAUGGAGAUCAUGUCCCUCAGAGCAGCAGUGCGCUAUGACCCAGAAAGUGAGACCUUAACACUAAAUGGAGAAAUGGCAGUAACAAGAGGCCAGUUGAAAAAUGGGGGUCUUGGUGUAGUAUCAGAUGCCAUUUUUGACUUGGGUAUGUCGCUAUCAUCAUUUAACCUUGAUGACACAGAAGUUGCUCUUCUUCAGGCUGUACUGCUGAUGUCUUCAGAUCGCCCAGGUCUUGUCAGCAUUGAAAGAAUAGAAAAGUGUCAAGAAAGUUUCCUCUUGGCGUUUGAACACUAUAUUAAUUACAGAAAGCACCAUAUUGCACACUUUUGGCCAAAACUGCUGAUGAAAGUGACAGACCUACGAAUGAUCGGAGCCUGCCAUGCUAGCCGCUUCCUGCACAUGAAGGUGGAAUGCCCCACAGAACUCUUUCCUCCUUUGUUCUUGGAAGUGUUUGAGGAUUAAAAAGACUGGAAACAUUCUCAGAAAUUCUAUAGCACUACUGGGUGUCAUUUCAUUCCAUUGCCUAGUUUUUUCUUCUUACUUUUGGUCCAUUCCCAUUUUGUACCACCUCCUUUGGAGGAUUAUUUUUAAUAGGCAUGAAUGAAU